ACGAUCUGCAGGCAAGUAACAGUACGUGAUAGGGUUUAAGGCGGGUUUGCGUAUGGAAAGUCGGCUUCGAAGGCGGCGUUCGGAUCUUCCCGAACCGAGCUAUAUCCCCGUCUUUACCUCUCUUCCCGUCUGAUGAGCUCUCAGCUUCCAUUCUCUCUCUCUCUCAUUCCAUCGUUUUUUUUCAGAGACGAUUUUGAUGAGUAGCUGCGCCGCCCUUAUCCAAUCCAAAUCUCCUUCUUUCAAUUCUAAUCAGGUGCCGUUAACGCCCCAUUAUCAAUCUAUAGCUUGUCCAUAUCGAAAGGAUAUGUGGGGAACCAUAUUCAGGCGAGUUUCCCGACCUUAUCCUUCCUUCUCCUUGUCCUCCGUUUACACUCCCAUCUCUAAUUUUCUCGAAGAUAGCUUAUGUUUGAGAAAAGGUUCGAUCUUGGAUUUGAGAACGCCUUUUAGCGAAGGUUACAGCAUGUUCUCUCAGCUGAGUCUUUGUAAGCAGAGUGAAGGCUCCAGGGUACUGUUAGGUAAGAGUUCUUGUCAAGGAAUUCUAUCUGUCGCCAGUUUCAAGGGGUUUGCCAGCGUUGCUGAGGCAGUUGAAGCCAUUUCCUCCACUGACGUCGAUGAAGAGACUUCCUCGGUUGAGGAAAUUCAUGAUUUUCUGGAAGCGAUUAGUAGUAGAGAAGAGGCCAUUGAUACUUCUGUUGGGAGUUUAAGGAAGAUGGCACAGCAUAAGCAACAGAAACAGCAGCAUAUGCCGAGAGUGAUUCCAGGCAUGGGAGCUGGAAAGUACCACAUUCUCAGGCGGAAGCAGAUAAAGAUUGAGACAGAGGCGUGGGCUCAGGCGGCACAAGAAUACAAAGAGCUUCUAAUGGAUAUGUGCGAGAAGAAGCUUGCGCCUAAUUUGCCUUACAUGAAGUCUUUAUUUUUGGGCUGGUUUGAGCCUUUUAGGGAUCAGAUUGUUGCAGAGCAGGAGCUGUGUAAAGAUCCCAAGUGCAAGGCUUCACAUGCUCCGUACUUCAAUGAGCUUCCUUCAGAUAUGAUGGCAGUCAUCACUAUGCAUAAGCUGAUGGGUUUGCUCAUGACAGCAAGUGGAGAUGGGAGUGUUCGGGUUGUUCAGGCUUCUUGUCAGAUUGGUGAUGCCAUUGAGCAAGAGGCUCGGAUUUAUAGAUUUUUGUUGAAAACAAAGAAGCAAAAUGGUAACAAUAAGAGAGGUCUAUAUGAUAAUGAUGAUCCAGUAGCUAAAGAAGAAAGUCUCUUGAGGAAAAAGGUUGAAGAUUUGAUGAAGAAACAAAAGCUGCCCCAAUUAAGGAGUAUAGUUAAAGGGCAGGAUAAAACUAGGCCAUGGGGUCAGGAUGCUCAGGCGAAGGUGGGGAGCCGCUUGAUUGAACUAUUAAUUGACACAGCUUAUAUACAACCCCCAGUUAAUCAGCAAAUAGAUGGUCCACCUGAUAUCCGCCCUGCAUUUAGACAUUCGCUCAAAACUUUGACAAAAGAACUGAAAAAAUCUAGCAGGAGGUAUGGGGUUAUAGAAUGUGAUCCGCUGGUUCGUCAAGGGCUAGAGAGAACGGCUAGGCACAUGGUCAUCCCGUACAUGCCCAUGUUGAUACCUCCUGUGAAUUGGACAGGGUAUGAUAAAGGAGGACACUUAUUUUUGCCAUCUUACAUAAUGAGAAUUCACGGAGCAAGAAAACAGCGCGAGGCAAUAAAAAGGGUGCCAAGGAAUCAAUUGCAACCAGUUUUUGAGGCCCUUGAUACCCUUGGGGCAACCAAAUGGAGGGUUAACAGAAGGGUUCUUGGUAUUGUAGACAGAAUAUGGUCUAGUGGUGGGCGUCUUGCAGAAUUGGUGGACCGAGAGGAUAUUCCACUUCCAGAAAAACCUGAAACUGAAGAUGAGAAUGUACUUAAAAAAUGGAGGUGGAAAUUAAGAGCGACAAAAAAGGAAAAUAGUGAGAAACAUUCCCAGCGGUGUGAUGUGGAACUUAAACUAGCGGUAGCUCGGAAAAUGAAAGAUGAAGAAGGUUUCUAUUAUCCACAUAACCUUGAUUUUAGGGGUCGUGCAUACCCAAUGCAUGCACAUCUGAAUCAUCUUGGUUCAGAUUUAUGUCGAGGCGUGUUAGAAUUUGCCGAGGGGCGUCCAUUGGGAAAGUCUGGCUUGCGCUGGUUGAAGAUUCAUUUGGCAAAUUUAUAUGGAAAUGGUGUCGACAAAAAGUCAUAUGAUGGUCGAAUUGCUUUCACUGAGAAUCACUUGAGCGAUAUAUUUGAUUCAGCGGAUAGGCCACUCGAAGGUGAACGCUGGUGGUUGACUGCCGAGGAUCCAUUUCAGUUUCUGGCAGUUUGCAUAAACAUGGCAGAAGCAUUAAGAAGCUCUUCGCCAGAAACUACAAUUUCUCAUUUACCUGUGCAUCAGGAUGGCUCUUGUAAUGGUCUUCAGCAUUAUGCAGCUCUUGGAAGAGACAAGUUAGGGGCUGCGGCAGUAAACUUGGUUGCCGGGGACAAGCCAUCUGAUGUUUACUCUAGCAUAGCUGCCAGUUUUUAUCUUAACAAAAUUAUGGCGCACAUUUUAGCUAGGUAUUGCUUGCAUGAGGAUAUGUUAGGGGCUGCGGCAGUAAACUUGGUUGCCGGGGACAAGCCAUCUGAUGUUUACUCUAGCAUAGCUGCCAGCCGCAUAUCAGAAUUUAUCGUAGUCACAAUGCGGUUUAGUGUUGCGCACUGCGUAGUGAGGAUUGCGGUGGACCGCAAAUUGGUGAAACAAACUGUUAUGACUUCUGUUUAUGGUGUCACCUAUAUUGGUGCACGUGAGCAAAUAAAGAGAAGGUUAAAGGAACGCAAUGCUAUCGCAGAUGAUUCUGUACUAUUUAAGGCUUCUUGCUAUGCUGCAAAAAUUACCUUAACUGCUCUUGGGGAGAUGUUUCAAGCUGCCCGAAGUAUCAUGAACUGGCUCGGUGACUGUGCAAAGUUAAUUGCCUUGGAAAAUCAACCAGUGAGGUGGACGACGCCACUUGGCCUUCCUGUGGUUCAGCCAUAUAAUAAACUGGGAAGGCAUCUAAUUAAAACAUCUCUUCAAGUCUUAACAUUGCAAAGAGAGACCGACAUGGUUAUGGUGAAACGUCAGAGAACAGCCUUCCCACCAAAUUUUAUCCACUCCCUUGAUGGAUCCCAUAUGAUGAUGACUGCAGUGGCCUGUAGAAACGCUGGAUUGAAUUUUGCAGGAGUCCAUGAUUCAUACUGGACACAUGCAUGUGAUGUUGAUGAGAUGAACACAAUUCUUCGAGAAAAGUUUGUGGAACUGUACGAGCAGCCAAUUCUGGAGACUUUGCUGGAGAGCUUUCAAAAAUCAUUCCCUACUUUAUCUUUCCCUUCGCUGCCGGAGUACGGCGAUUUCGACCUGAAAGAUGUUCUGGACUCACCCUAUUUUUUCAACUGAAUGAUAAUCAUUGGCUCUAUUCUGCAACAGCUCUGUACAGAUAAUUCCUGACACUAAAUGCAGCCCGCAACAAACAUAAGAGUUUAAAGCAGCUCAUAACCAUCUUCUUGGGCUACUCUGAAGUAACAUUUCUGCUCAUAAUCCUGAUUGAGAUGGCUAAUGAUGACCUAUUUGUGCUACUAUAACGUUGAAAAAGAUUCAGGAAAUGCAGUGUUGAAUCAUUACUGCAAGCUGAGGUGAAAACUGACGGCGUCGGCGAGCAGCAGUUCGGGCACAUCGUCGGCAAAUAGGGCUCAGCGAUAAAUAAUUAAAAAGCAGUACGAAAGUUAUCUCAAACGAAGCCAAAGUCUAAAAAAACUAUUGG